AUGUACACCAUCAACCGAAUUGAACCUGCCGAAUCGAUAGUAAUUAAUCCUAGUACAAUACCAUCAGGAAGAUUACAUGAACAUCGUCGAGCAAGAAAAUUUAAUUGGAUAAUAUUUAUCAUUAUUUGUAUUGUUGUAAUUGCAGCUGUCGCAACAACUACUCUUUUGCUGACGAAAACUGAAAGAGAAAAAGCAUCAAUAAUGGAGAUGACUACACUUACAUCAAUAUUAACAUCAAGAACAACAACAACGACAACGUCAUCGUCUAUAGCAAUAACAGCAACAACAACAACAACAAAAAUAGCAAUAUCAUCAUUAUCAGUAUCAUCGUUAUUAUCAUCACCACAAUUCUCAUCAUUAUCACCAUCAAAAUUCUCAUCAUUCUCAUCAUUAAUAUUAUCAUUACCAGAAUUAACAUUACCAGAAUCAACAUUACCACCAUUAUCAUCAAUAUUUGAAUUAUUAUCAUCAGAACAAUUAUCCAGAUUAGUAACGUUAGUAUCAGCAUUAUCAUCAUUACAAAAAAAAUCAUUAUCAUCAUUGUUAUCAUCAAUGUCGGAAUCACAAUUUUCAUCAUUAUCAUCAUUAUUCAAAUCAAUGUCAGCACCACAAUGCACAGCAUUCACAUCAGUAUUAACAUCACCAAAUAUAUCAUUAUUAGUGCCAUUAAUGCCAUUAUUAGGAUCACCAUCAUUCGUAUCAUUAAAGUCAUCAAUAUCAGAAUCACAAAAAACAUUAUUAUUAUCAUUAUCACCAUCAUUAUCAUUAUUAUUUUCAUCAUCAUCAUUAUCACAAUCAUUAUUAUCAUCAUUACUUUCAUCACUAGGCUAG